AUGAAUAUAAAUGUUUCUGUCCUUCAAAAACAAAGGAUUAAGGUGGAUGACUGGAUAUCAACUUGGUUUCAGUCAACAGUCGAUUCUAACUCCAAGUCAGAUAAACAAGCUGUCUUAAAAUGCAUGCUAACUGCUUGGUUUAUAUGGAAGAAUAGGUGCUCUAAGCUCUUUGAAAACAUAGACCAAAACAUCCUUAGCACAUCUCACUCAAUAAAUUUCAUGCUCAAGCAAUGUCAGAUUACAACUCCUCAAAGACGAAAUAAUAAGCAGGUUUGGCAACUACCGCUACAAAAUGAAGUUAAAAUAAAUAUGGAUGUUGCCUUUGAUUACAAUACCAAAACAAUUGGGCUUGGUUUACUAAUUCGUGAUUAUACAGGUUUCUUCCAAGGAAUCAGGUGCAAGUUCAUCAAUGGAGGAGUAGACUCUGAACAGGCGGAAUGUCUAGUCCUGAAAGAAGCCAUACUAUUUGCUAGACAACGCAACUUGAGGAAUGUAGUGUUGGAAUCAGAUAAUCUUAAUGUAGUUAAUGCAGUCAAGAAUGCCAAUAGCUCGGUUCACUGGAGGAACCAAGUUCAUGUAGAUGAAAUAAGGCAUUUGAUUAUCUCCUUUCCUUGUUUUAAACUAAACUAUGUUAAUAGGACAGCUAACAAUGUUGCCCAUGUUAUUGCCAAAACAGCUAGAUCAAACAGGCUAUGUUUAGACUACUAUGUUAACUUCCCUGAAAAUAUUAAUCUUGCUAUAUGGAAAGAUAAGCAAGCCCGUCAAUCUAAGUUAUGUAGUAUUACAAGUUAA